AUGUUGAAGAGGCUGAAAAUUAUAAUAAAAGAAUGGAACCUCAGGGUUUUUGGAAAUAUACAUUCUCGUUUGAAACAAGACUAUCUUUGUUUCGAAACUGCAGCACGUAUUUCAGAUGAGGACCCCAGCGACACUGUUAAGCUCAACUCUAUGAAGGCAGCAAUGGCUACAUUAAGUGAGACUCGUUUACAACAGGUUACUAUGCUUAAACAAAAAUCUAGUAACCAUUGGUUGAUGGAGGGCUCGAGUAACACUAGUUUUUUCCAUAAUACUAUUCGUAUUAGGAGAAGCAACAACACCAUUUCGGAACUAGUUGACGUCAAUGGUUCUUGUAUUACUGAUUAUGAUCAGUUAAGGAAUCAUGUUGUUCAAUAUUAUGAAGACAAAUUCAAUGGCCAGGAGUUGGAUAUUGAUAGUGAUCUGUUUGACUUUGAGCAUGACUCUAUUACUGUUGAGGAAAGCCUAGCCAUGGCCUCUAUUCCUUCCACAUAUGAGAUUCGUCAAGCUGUGUUUGAUCUUGGGGAAGACAGCGCGCCGGGUCCAGACGGUUUUUCUGCCUGCUUUUAUCGCCAUUGUUGGGAUAUUAUCCAAGAAGAUCUAGUCAAGGCCAUUAUACACUGUUGGAAUGCUGGUCAUAUUCUGAAUGGUGUUAACUCCUCUUUAAUCAUUUUUCUUGCUAAGGUAAGAGGUGCGAAUACUCUUCGUAACUUCAGACCUAUUGGUCUUAGUAAUUUUUUCUUCAAAAUUUUCACUGAGAUUUUAGCUACUAUACUUGGUAGUUUGUUAGACAAGCUUGUGUCUGAGGAGCAGGUUUCCUUUAUGAAAGGGCGCAAUAUCCACGAAAACAUUAGCUUGGAUUCGGAAUUAGUCAAUGAGCUUCACAUUAAGCGCAAGGAUGGCAACAUUGGGCUGAAGUUGGAUAUUUCUCAGGCUUUUGACACAGGUUUGCGUCAAGGUGAUCCCCUUUCCCCUUUGAUUUUUGUCUUGAUUGAAGAUGUGCUUAGCAGAAAUAUUACGAAGCUCUUUCAUGAUAAGAAGAUGUCUCUCAUGGUUACGAGAGGUGGUGUCUCUCCUACUCAUCUUUUCUUCGCUGACGACAUUAUGAUUUUUUGUAAAGGUAACCUAAAAAGUCUUCAAAAUCUUGUGGACUUAUUGGGUAAAUACCAGCGUGCCUCUGGUCAAACUGUUUGUCGUCAAAAGAGUAAGAUUUAUUAUGGUGGUGGUUCUCCGAGUAGGUGUACUUAUCUUGCAAAUUUUUUGGGGAUGAGUGUUGCAACUUUUCCAGAUCGCUACUUGGGGGUUCAGAUUAUGCCAGUUUAUAAAUGGCCGAGGAAGUUCAUAUUGCAAUGUGAGAGAGCAAUUAGGAAUUUUAUUUGGUCAGGUGACUCGAAUAUUAGUCGAGCUGUGGUGGUGGCGUAUGACAAAAUUUGCUUCCCUUUUGAGGAGGGGGGUCUCGGUUUAACUCGUAUGUCUACAAUGAAUACUGCUCUUCUUAUGAAGUUGUGGUGGAAGAUUCGUCACUCCAACAAGAAAUGGGCAGCUUAUCUCAAGGCUAAAUUCUUUGGUCGUAAUGGCCAUAUAAAGCUUGCGGGAAUUAAGUCUUCUAUUCUGCCAGGGGUUCGCAGUGUGUAUAAUUUUGUUGAGAGUAAUACUAAAGUCUUGCUGGGGGAUGGGAGAAAUACUUAUCUCUUUUAUGACAUUUGGUAUGCGACUACUAGUAUUGCUGAAGUCCUAAAUGAUCACACUCUGGACAACACAGUGCGGGUAAGUGAUGUUUUGAUUGACGGCCAAUGGGUUAUUCCUGAGGUUCAUUUACAACGUAUGCUUGCUGCUUGUUUGGAUUGUGCUAAUCUUCCUAGGCCAAGAGGAGGUGAAGACCAAAGAGUUUGGAUGCCGGAAAAUUCAGGAAAAUUCAGUGUCAGUUCUGCUACUUCUUUGAUUCGUCAGAAAUAUCCUAAAAUGGACUGUGCUUCGCUUAUUUGGAGGAAGGAAAUCCAUCCAGUUCUCGCUGCCCAGAACUGGAAGUUUUUGCGUAGAGUUUGUGCAACUUUCGACCUCAUCCAUAGUAGAUUCAAAAUACAGCUUGCAAACAGAUGUUGUCUAUGUGGAAUUGCAGAUGAAUCUCUUGAUCAUGUGUUGUUCCAAUGUACUUUUGCAGCCCGUGCCUGGAAUUGGUUGUCUGAUAUUUUUGGUUUGAGAACUAACAAAAAUCUUUUGAUUUCUUUUAAAGCUGCUAAGGGAAAGAGUCAUAUGAUUCAGGACUUGUGGUUGCUUUCAAACUGUGUUCUUAAAUCCGAGCUUUGGGCGCUGAGAAACAAAGCUGUUUUUGAGCAAAAACAACCUAACUGGAACGUGUUUUACAGACGGGUGUUGAAGCGUGUUCAGGACUGGGCAAUUUCUAUUGGCUUGGGAAUCACCACUAAUUACUUGGAAGAACUAUAUGGCAUUAUUGUUGGUCUUGAAUGGGCUAUUCGAUGA